GACAGAGGGAGUGUGAGAGAGACACAAACAGAGAGAGAGCGGGAACCGCAUUCAUUCUGAGCUGCAAACUCCCGAGGAACAGCCGUGAGUCUGUCUGCACCACAGCCCCGGCCACUGACACCACAGCGGGCAACGGUGUGUGCACCGGGGAGACGGAGCGGGGAGAAGGAGCAGGAUGACUGUCUGACAUGCAGACGACGCUGUGAACAAGCCUCGCAGACAGAAAGUGAUGCUCGUGACUGGAGCCGCUGGUGCCAGAGAUAGGCUAUGAGUCGGGAGAUGGGCAGCCCCCUGUGGUUGUUGCUGUGUCUGUGGGCCUGGCCGCUGGGCGGGGCUGGGGCUGGGGAGGGGGUGGAGGCCGGGGCGAUGCCAGGGGACUUUGGGUACGUGCAGCGAGGCUGGCAGUGGCUGCUGGAGGAGGCGGAGGGGUGUGGGCAGUGCCAGCCCGAGCUGUGCCCACCGCUCUUGGGCUGCCUGGCGGGUGCCGUGCUGCCCCCUUGUGGCUGUUGCUGGGAGUGCGCCAACUUGGAGGGCCAGAUGUGUGACCUGGACGACACCAGCCACUUUUACGGCCGAUGCGGGGCGGGGCUGGAGUGCCGGUUGGACCUGGGAGAUCUGCUCCACGGCCACGUGCCUGAGCCACAGUGUGUCUGCAGCUCCCCCGAAGCCGUGUGUGGCUCCGACAAUAACACCUACCCCCAUGUCUGCAGCUUCCAGGAGGCCGUCAACACCAAUUCCAGCACCAACCUAACCCUGGCACACAGUGGGCCCUGCCAGGCCGUGCCUCAGAUCGUGUCUCCUCCAUACGACGUGUGGAACGUGACGGGAGAGGACGUCAUCUUUGGUUGCGAGGUCUUCGCUUAUCCCAUGGCAUCUAUUGAGUGGUGGAAAGACGGAGCUGAGACCUUCCUUCCUGGGGAUGACCCUCACAUCUCCAUCCAGGCACGGGGUGGGCCAAGGCGCUAUGCAGUAAGCGGUUGGCUCCAGAUUCAGGGCAUCCGCAGCUCGGACGGGGGUCAGUACCAGUGCCGUGCCCGCAACCAGCUGGGAGAGGCGUCUGCAACCGCCCGCCUGACUGUCCAGCCAUAUGAUCAGCUGCAGAGCCUGAGUACCCCACCGGUGGACGAUUACUCAGACCCAGAGGAUUAUUACUGAACCACUCACACAUACACACACACUCACACAGACACUCUCACACACACAGACA